AUGUCUAGAGGGGUUCGUCAAUACGGUCGACGAGAUGGAAACAACGGUGGUAGAGUCAACGGAGUCCGUGUUCCGCCCCCAUCGAUCAGUUCUCAAUCGGCCUCUCGUUGGCGUUAUGUCCUUGAGGCCCCUGCAGGUGCUACGACGCGCACAAGUCGUCCGAUCACAAAUAUCAGUCAGCAGACCAAGACGACAACAAUGAACGACAUUAUUGUGGACCAUGCUAUGAGUCGAAACCGUCUGACAGAUGCUAGUACCCAUUCCAAUGUCACUACAAGGGAUGUCUACAGUAACAAAGAAGGGCAACAUUUAAGUCCCAAAGAAUAUUUCUAUCGUAAUGAAACUGAAGCUCAGUCAUCCGUACCUCGACAUGUUGAUGAUGCGUGGAUCACACAGUUCGUGGAUUCGGACAUAGAUUACUCAACAUCCACUGUCGAAAAUCAAGAAGUUCAGGCAUUAAUCAGGGCGCCACCCAAAAUUCGACGUUACCCACUCAAUGUUGAUGUUAGUCCCGAACUCAUCGUUCACUCGAAUACGCAGCAGUUGCCACACACUCAAGACAACGCUGUACGAUAUCUCAGGCCGAGGACUCCUCCGCCACCAGGGUCGAUCAUUACUCGCAAAAUUCGGGCGCCACCGUCCUUGCACACUCAACCCAAUACUCUUAGACAGCAGCCUCAUCGACCUCGCACAUCGUCAUCCGUUAGCACUGUAGAGAAAUCUCCUGCGAGAGCCAAGUAUGCAUCGACGACUGUCAAUAAAACUUCUCCACCCCGAAAAUGGAUCCUUGAACGGCCAAAUCUACCAUCGGAGUCGCGUUCUGUACAGAUGAACAAAGUGGGCGUUCAACGGCCGAAUCCUCAACGAUACAACUCACAAUACAAAGAUAGCUUUUACACGACAGAGUUUGUUUCAUGGAAAACACAGGAAUUGGAGAGUGAUGAAGAAAAACAACAACAAGCGUCACUGACGGAGGAAGAAACGCUUAUGGAACAGAACGAUGAGUAUAAUGGUCGGCAGAUCCACCACAAUCAAGAUGAGAGGCACGGUAAGAAAGGUGCACUUACUAGAAUAUGGUUACUUUUUUCUGGGCAAGAGAAACGAAAUAUUGCUAUUUACAUAUUUGGGAUUAUGCUUUACAAAUUUGGAUUGGAGGCAUUCAAUGGAGCCAUCGUCAGUCUCGCUACGAAUCGUUAUGAUCAAGAUGCUUUUAACACCAGAACUCCGCCACGUACAUUUGAAAAAGUCGGAUUACUUGUAGGUCUUAAUCAAGCUUGUCAAUGCAUCGGUUCUAUUCUCAUUGCUCCUCUUAUUAAACGUUGGCCGACACGGACUGUUCUAGCGAUUUCGGUUUUCGUUUUUGCCAUAUUCACUGCUAUUCUUAUGAUUAUUGAUGCUUCAACUGGCGGACGUAUAAAACCAUCAAAUUUUCAACCAACACAUGAGAGCGACUUUAGCUACUACGGUCGUUACAAUACCAAUUUAAUUAUACCCAUUUAUUGUGUCAGUGGAAUUGCUUACGGAAUGGUCGAAUUGAUUCGACGAAUCAUUCCAAGGGAUAUUGUUGGUGAUGAUGGUGAAAAAUUGCAAAGAAUGGAUGCUUUCGUUCAUAUAUUUUAUGAGAUUGCAGGUGUUAGUGGAGCGUUUACCACUGGCCUUGGUUUGAUUCCUCGCCUUGGAAAUAAUUAUGCAUUUAUCAUUACGCCCAUUCUCUUCACGGCUUCGGCUGUCGUUUGGUUUUUCAUCAGUUCUCUUGGAAUAACGACAACUGAUCCAGACGAUCAACUUCCGAUCAAUGAUGGAAAGUCCAAAACGAAUUAUUUCAAAUCUGUUAUUAAUGGAUUUGUUCUCUUCGGACAAUCCGUCUAUUUUGGUGGAAAGAUUAUAUUAACUAAUCGAAAAUUUAUUUGGUUAUGGAGUGCCUAUUCGUUGACACUUUAUGCUCAUCGAUACAUUGAAAAUGGCAUAGCUCCACAAGUUGCAAGACGAUAUCUUGGAAAUUCGGCAUGGUCACAAAUUAUUGUUGGUGGCUCGAAUUUUGGUGAAUUACUCGGGGCGUUAUUCGUAUUUAUCUUUACCAGUUUAAUAAAGAGUCCUAUUUUAUGGUUAAGAAUAGAUGCAUUAUUAUUAUUUAUCGUUUGGUAUAUUCCAUUCUAUUAUCCUCCUGCUGGUAAUGUUAAAUAUGCCUGGAUUAUCGCCGCAACAUAUAUCCCUUUUGGAUUUGGAGCGGCUGCUGAUGAUGUUUCACUUAAUGCUUACAUUCAAUCUACCGUAAGUCGUCAAGAAUCAAAAAAUAAGAAUGUUUCAUCGUUGGGAGCUGUUAUGGCAUUUCUGUAUUCAUCAUAUAUUAUAAUCUAUGCAAUUACAAAUCCACUUCUUGGAAAAUAUAUUGACAGUGUUUAUAAUUCUAGUAAAACAGUGAGACCGGCACUGGUUUAUACUGUUGGUGUUCAAUUGACCAUUAUUUUGGUGAUAGUGUUUGUGUCUACAUUCAUUCCGAAAGGUGCAAUCGCAUUUAAUCCUUCACUGCUUCAUGAAAAGUAG